CAACGCGUGUAAUUGAAACCUGCUCCAGCAUUGACUGACUGCACUAAAAAAUUAGUUUGAUUAGUGUAGUGCGGAAUCUGCUUGCGUGUUUGAUAAGAUAUUUGGUAUGGGUAAUAUGCUACAAAAGGAACAGCUUCCAGCAAUUUGAUUAGCUUCCUUUUCCUCCAGCUAUGGCUGCUCCUACAAUUCUUACUCUUAUUGUUGUUAUUAUGAUGUUCAUCUGCGUAUCGGCCCAGAAACCAAAUAUCAUGCUUGGCUCAACUCUUAGUCCUCCUCAAAAUUCCAAAUGGGUUUCACCAAAUGGACAGUUUGCCUUUGGAUUCUAUGAGCUAACCCCAACUCAGUAUGUCUUAGGCGUUUGGUUCGACAAAAUACCUAAUAAAACUCUGGUCUGGACAGUAAUGAAGGAUCAGAUGGACAUUCCUGUUGAAAAGAUGUCUACCCUGCAGCUCACCAACAAUGGCCUGAGCUUGUAUGAUGCCCGGAAAAGUCUGAAAUGGUCCCCUGCUCCCCAGGGAAAGAUUGCCGCAGCUGCAAUGCUCGACAAUGGCAACUUUGUGCUGUUAAACGCCUCAUUUGAGCCCAUCUGGCAGAGCUUCGACCAUCCUACCGAUACCCUCUUGCCUGGUCAAGUGCUCAAGUGGAAAUCUACCAUGUAUUCCAAGGCUUCAUCCACAAACUUCUCAUCAGGCCGAUUCGAGCUCGCCUUGCAAGAAGACGCCAAUUUGGUGCUUUACCCUGUGGAUCGAGUGGGAGAGUCUCAAGGCGCUUACUGGGCUACUGCUGUAUUCAAUCAGGAAGUAAACUUAAAUUUUGAUUCGAGUGGGCUCUUGUAUCUGGUAAAUACCACCAACAUCACGGUUUACAAUGUCACAGCCGGUGGCUUAGGAAAGAGGGGGCUUCUCCGUAGAAUGACGCUCGAGAGCGACGGAAUCCUUGCACAGUAUGUGUGGAACACCAGCAAUGCUUCCAGUUCUUGGUCAUCUGUAUGGCAGGCAGUAAAUGACUCAUGUAAACAAGUCAAGGGUCAGUGUGGGCGCAACGGCAUUUGUCAUCUCAACAGCGAGAACAAGCCCGACUGCAGUUGUCCUCCUCAAUUCAGUUAUAUCGACAGCCAAGACCAUUUUAAGGGAUGCGUGCGAAGCUCAUCGCCAGGGCAGAGCUGCAGCGCAAGUAGCACCAUGUCGACGCUUGACAACACGGACUGGGCCGGCGGCAAAGACUACUCAGUUUUGCAGGAUCUUACAGAAAAUCAAUGUCAGGAGGCCUGCAGAAAUGAUUGCUUCUGCGUCGUCGUCACACAUAGCGGCUCGGUUUGUCGGAAGAAAAGAAUGCCUCUGCUCGACGGGCGUCAAGGUGAUGACAUAACAAGUGUAGCUUUUGUCAAAGGAUCUGAAGACGUCAACACGCCGUCUCCUUUCUCCCCUCCUCUUUCAGAACAAAGAAGGGUAAGGGAGAAAAAGUCCCUUGUAGCCAUUGGCAUAAGUCUCCUGGCUUGCUCUUCAGCUCUUAUUGUGGCUGCCUUCCUCGUGUGUUUGUGUGGGAGCAAGCUCCACAAGAUUAGAAAGGUUAAAGAGCAGCCCAUUGUUGUGGAGGGUUUGAAGGCUUUUUGUUAUAAGGAAAUAGAGACUGCUACAGGUGGUUUUAGAGAAGAAUUAGGAAGGGGUGCUUUCGGUAAAGUUUACAAGGGGAGCUUACAGGAUGGGAGAGCAAUUGCAGUAAAAGCUCUUGCUGAUAAAUCAGUGCAAGAACAACAUGGGGAGCGGGAGUUCAGAACAGAGAUGACCGCGAUUGGUUCAAGCUAUCAUAAAAAUCUGGUUCAAUUGUACGGUUUCUGUGAUGAGGGCACUCACCGGCUUCUGGUGUACGAGUACAUGAGCCAUGGAUCUUUGGACACCGUUCUAUUUGGAGAUAGCGGGUUUCUUGAUUGGAGGGUGCGUGGUCAGAUUGCAAUGGGCACAGCUAGAGGGCUUCUCUAUUUGCACGAAGAGUGUAGGACCCAGAUCCUGCAUUGUGACAUAAAGCCCCAAAACAUUCUGCUGGACCAAAACUACAAUCCUAAAAUAUCUGAUUUUGGUUUGGCAAAAUUGUUGAGGGCAGAACAGACUCGGACAAUCACUGGAACUCGGGGCACAAAGGGUUACAUUGCGCCUGAAUGGAUUAAUAAUAUGCCAAUUAGUGCAAAAGUAGAUGUUUACAGCUUUGGAGUGAUGCUGCUCGAAAUUAUUUGUUGCAGGAAAACCAUGGACUUUAAUGCCCCGGAAAAAGAAAUCUUUUUGAGCGAGUGGGUGUAUGAAUGCUUGAAGCGCGGUGAACUUGCUAAGCUGGUGGAGCAGCAGCAAGUAGAAGGCGAAGGUACGAGAAUAGAGUCGAGGCAGUUGGAGAGAAUGGUAUUGGUGGGUCUGUGGUGCAUUCAAGAAGAUCCAGCUCUCAGGCCAUCCAUGAAAAAGGUAGUUCAGAUGAUGGAUGGAACAGUUGAGAUUGCAGUGCCCCCGCCUCCAGGAUCUUUUGUUGGUUCAUUGUGCUUGUAAAAUAUAAAAGUCACUGCUUUUAGUGCGUUAUCAAUAUUCCCCUACAAUAAUGCCAGUGCCUCACCAUUCUAUUUGUCAUCUUAGACCAAUAGUCAAUUAAUGUUAUCUUGCCUCUAGAUAGGAAGGGCAGUGGCUUUAGUAGUAUAUCUAAGUACCAUUUCUUAAUUAGUGUCAUGUUUUGCUCUGGUUAGGAGCCCCCUUCUAUAAAUCACUGGCCUAACGGCAAUAUGGUAAUAAAGUUGUGUAUUGUCUUCUUACAGAGAUCUUGGAGGUGUGGUUAUUUACAGAGAUUGCAAAUGGUUUGUUUGAACUUUAAAAUGGUAAAAUCUAUCUAUCGUACAAGGACAAUGGCCUCAAUUUGUCUUGGUCGAAAUUGCGAAGACAUGGCCUUUUCAUCCUUCAUGUCUUGGGCCCUUUUUUA